AUGGGAGACGUGAAAGGAAUCAACUUUGGUGUGAACCAUCCUUGUACUAAGGAGUUUGAAGUAUCAGGUUUUACAGUGAUGAGCAUGGUGAAGACAAAUGUUGCCUCAAGUGUUGGUUCUUUAUCACUGGCAAAAGCCAUAACAGCUCUUCCUCUCUGUUCUUCCUCAGGUCCCCCAAGGAUCGCUGAUAAAGUGAUUCACCGUCAGUCCGUGAGGCUAGGGAGGACCAUCAAGCUCCUGUGCCCGGUGGAGGGUGACCCCCCACCUCUCACCAUGUGGAUGAAGGACGGACGCACUAUCCACAGCGGCUGGACGAGGUUCCGGAUCCUUCAGCAAGGGCUGAAAAUCAAGGAGGUGGAAAGCGAAGACGCGGGAACCUACAUUUGCAAAGCCACCAAUGGCUUCGGCAGCACCAACGUGAACUACACCCUCAUCGUGAUUGAUGAUGCCAGCUCAGGAAAGGAUAGCCAGGCACCUGAAGGCUCCAAUGGAGAAUAUGAAGAUCAUUCUGGGAAGCAAUGGGCCCGGCCCCGGUUCACGCAGCCUGCCAAGAUGAGACGGAGAGUGAUCGCCCGUCCUGUUGGCAGCUCCAUCCGCCUCAAGUGCGUGGCCAGUGGGAACCCACGGCCUGACAUCACGUGGCUGAAGGACAAUAAGCCCCUCACACCCCAAGAGAUUGGGGAGAACAAGAAGAAGAAGUGGACGCUGAACCUGAGGAACCUGAAGCCAGAGGAUAGUGGGAAAUACACCUGCCGAGUGUUUAACAAAGUUGGAGAAAUCAACGCAACGUACAAAGUUGAAGUAAUCCAGAGGACGAGGUCCAAGCCCAUCCUGACAGGGACACACCCUGUCAACACGACAGUAGACUACGGUGGGACCACAUCCUUCCAGUGCAAAGUCCGCAGCGACGUCAAACCUGUUAUCCAGUGGCUGAAAAGGGUGGAGUACGGCACGGAGAGCAAGUACAACUCAACCAUUGAUGUUGGGGGACAGAAGUUUGUUGUGCUGCCCACGGGAGAGGUCUGGUCUCGUCCCGAUGGUUCCUACCUGAACAAACUGAUGAUUACUCGAGCCAAGGAAGAGGAUGCAGGGAUGUACAUUUGCUUAGGAGCAAACACCAUGGGCUACAGCUUUCGCAGCGCUUUCCUCACCGUCCUGCCAGAUCCCAAGCCUCCCAGUGCACCUGUGCCCCCUUCCUCAGCCAGCAGCCUUCCCUGGCCCGUGAUCAUCGGCAUCCCUGCCGGAGCUGUCUUCAUCUUUGGGACAAUCCUCCUGUGGCUUUGCCAGACCAAGAAGAAGCCCUGUUCCCCACCAGCUGCUGCCCCUGUGCACCGGCCACAGCCCCGGGACAGGAUCUGUGUCUCCCAGGUCCCUGACAAAGACUGCAUCUCCUCCAUAAACUAUGAGGAAUAUGUUGCCCAGCAGCAGCAUUUACUGUCCCAAGGGCCUGCACUUGCUCCAGCCAUGGCAUCCAAAAUGUACCCAAAGAUUUACACGGACAUCCACACCCACACCCACUCGCACGUGGAAGGCAAAGUCCACCAGCACCAGCACAUCCAGUACCAGUGCUAAGAGGGUGGCUGUGUACAGUAGCUCGUUUGGGCUUUUCCUCCUGGUACCUCAGAAGAGACUGCUCCAAGUCAGCUCACACUGCCAGCAACAGGCAAAACAGACAGAAAAGAUUAUAUAUAUAUAUAAUUUUAAAUAUAUAUAUACAUAUAUAUAUAAUUGUAUAUUUGUGUGUGUAUGUGUGUAUAUAUAUAUGUGUAUAUAUCUAUAUCUAUCUAUAUAAAUAUAUAUAUAAUAGAGAAAGACAGAGAGAGAAAAGAGAUUUUUUUUUUUAAUUAUUACAAUCAGGAUGUAGCCAAGGAAUAAUGAAGGAACUCAAGGAACUCCAAAUCUCAGCAGAGAGGCAGCCAUUCCCAGCAGCAGAGCCUUCCCAGGUUUUUUUCGUUGAAGUGGCAACAUGUGAGACAGGACACAGGGACAUGAACCACCACCUUCUUCCUUGUGUUGUAAGGAACAAAAAGAGCAAGAGGCAACUGUGGUGCCUUUCCAGAUGGGCAUCACUGUCCCUGUGCCUGCUGCACAUCACUUGUUUCAGUGGGGAGCUCCCAAGCCUGUCCCACUGGGGAGCAUUCAGAAGAGCCUGUUCCCUCCGAGUCACCCAAGCUCUAAAGUACCUGAGGUUUAGUGCCAAAGCACUAGGAGACAUAACCACCUCACCUCUUCCAGGAGAAAACAAAAUAACACAAAAGUCUGGCAAAAUGAAUUUCUCUUCACAAUGUGAAAUGCUGAAUGCUUCUCAAUCACAGUCCUUUGGUCUGAAAUGCUAACUGAGCUGGUUUGUUCCAUUUCUGCAAGUUGAAGGCAUCUCCCAUGGGGUGUUCUGCAGAUCCAACCACAACUGCUCUGCUCCCUGGUCCUAGGACUCAGUGCCACUGCCAGGAAAAAGGAAAGAAGGAAAGAGGAACAUUGUACAGAACAUCUUUAUAUUUAUAUUUAAGAAAUAAUAAUAAUUAAUAAUAAUAAUUGAACUGCUGAUGGUGAAGAAGCAAAAUAUGCUGUCCUCUGAUAGCUCACAGUGACAAGCUACUGGAUUUUCUACAUCAAUGCAAAAUACAUGAAAACAUUAGAAAAAAAAAAAAGAGUAAGAAGCAAAGAGAAUGAAAUAAUAAUCUUGUAGGAAAAAAUGCAUUUGAGAAAUAUUCACUUAGGUUGUGUGUGGUUGUCCCCUCCCCUCAGAUAACACUUUGGAAAUGAUACAACUUCUUUGCAGUUCAAACAGUAAGAAGAGAAAAUAAAUAAGGACCAUAUUAAAUACCAAUACAGACUGGAAAUGAAUUCAAUUGCAAAUAUAAAACCUUUGUAAUUCUAUAUAGAGUUUAAACAGAAGUCAUGUAUAUUUAAUUUAUUUUGUUAAACAAGAAAAAAAUGUAUGAUAUUUUCCUUGAAAACAGGCAUUUCUAUACAUAUUUUUGAUCAAAGAAAAUAAAGAUUUUUUUUCAGGUUCUAUAGAUGCCAAACUCAGAAUGUGUAGCAUGUGACCAACUGUACAUCUUCUAACCUGGAGGUCAUCUAUCUCUAUGUCUGUUCACACUAGCCACGUAUCUAAUCUGCUCACAUCAUCUCAGGUACCGCUGGUGCCAUCCUAUCCAUCAGAAACUGGCCAGUUCCACUGUCUGUGUUCUGGCUGGGAUGAUCUGCAGUGGCCAGAUCACAAGAUCACGUCUCAUG